AGUUUCAAAGAGAUGCUCGUCGAGACAACUUAAAAGCGGGGAUUUAUUAAAGCGUUUAUGGAACGCCAAUAAAAAAAAACACACAAAGAUCUUGAAAAUACUUAAUAAAAACAACAAAAUUUAUAUACUACAUAUCAAGUACUCGUACUACAUGUAUUUUGGCUGUUGUUUUUGUUGCGGUUUAAGUUUGAGUCGUUUUUAUUAUUAUUAACAAACAAAACUUAAUUUAUAGAAUUUUAGUAAUGAGAAUUUCUAAAAAUGUUUAUCAAUAUUUCAUACAAAUAAUUGUGAUCUCAUUAUGUUUAACGAAUUUUUAUGGCGCCCGCUCCCAAUGUAGCUACAAUGACUGGGCAUGUGAUAAUGGCCAGUGUAUACCCGAUGACAAAUUGUGUGACGGCAAAGUGGAUUGUCGUGAUCGAUCAGACGAAAUUGCCGAGAAUUGUAUACAGUUUCAUGAGUCCUGUCCAAAGUAUGCCUUUCGUUGCGCGUAUGGUGCUUGUAUAGACGGAAAGACAAGAUGUAAUGGUGUGCAAGAUUGUGCUGACAAUUCGGAUGAAUUGAUAUGUAUUAAAAAAGAUGAUUCAGAUUUUCAAAAUAUUUGUUCGGAUACUGAAAUUCAAUGUGUGAAUUCUAAAGAAUGUAUAAACUCAAUUAAUCUUUGUAACGGUCGUGUAGACUGCAAGGAUGGUUCCGAUGAAUCAUUGGAGUUGUGCAUCAACUUUGGUUGUAUAUCCUAUGGUUUUCAAUGUGGCUAUGGUGCAUGUAUUAGCGGCAAUGCUAAAUGCAAUGGUGUAAAAGAAUGUGCUGAUGGUUCUGAUGAAGCCUGGGAGUUGUGUAAUACACCACGAAAGACCACUAACAAUAUUGGUGGUGUUACACCAACCCCAAUACCAAAACCAACACCCACACCUACUCCCGCACAAUUUACUAGAUGUAUUAUACCAAAUAUACCACAACUACAGGAUUUGGUAUUUAAAUUACAUCCUGAAAAUGGAACGAUUCCCAUAGGAUCAUUUGUGGAUGAUUUCGAUAUUAUACAUAUGGAAUGCCAGAACAAAUAUACUUUAAGAGGUCAAUCCAGUCUUUUGUGUCAAAAUGGUAAAUGGAAUUUUGAUUUUCCUUCCUGUGUGGGCUAUUGUGAUGGUACACUUUUGCGCGGUCUCUCUGUGCGUGCUGUUUGUGAUUAUAGAACUCAUUUUAAGGAUUGCCCGAAAAGAAUUCGUCCUGGUACUGAAAUUCAACUUAAUUGCAACUUUGGUUUUAUACGUAAUCCAGAUGUUCCACAGUAUAUAAAAUGUUUAUCAGACGGUACAUUUGACAAGAGUCCCUUGCCUUGCGAACUUCAUUGUGGCAGAGUUUCUCCUAACUCUGAACCGCUGUCUAAACGUGGCGUUCCCAUUAAAGCUAGUACAGCACCCUGGCAUGUGUCUAUACAUGAAAAUAAUAGUGUUUAUUAUGAUUACAUUUGUAGUGGAUCCAUCGUAUCGCCUCGUGUUAUCGUAACAGCUGCACAUUGUUUUUGGGAUCAACCAACAUUAACAUUGAGAAAUUAUACGGAAUAUCAAAUUAUUGCCGGCAGUAAUACGAGUAAUUAUACAACGGAGCAAAAUGAAUACUUGCAGGUAGUACAGGUGGAGGAAAUACAUAUUCCAGUAGAUUAUCGCGGUAAAAAUGGACGUCAAAGGGAUGAUAUAGCAUUUUUAAAACUUAAAACUGGUCUCAGAUUCUCAGAAACUAUAGCCUCAAUUUGUAUGCCAAAUCAAAUUCGCAAUUCUGCAUCAAAUUAUAUUCUCUCCAAUCAACCAGGUUUUAUGACCGGUUUUGGCCUAAACAAUCAUUUGGAAAGACUUAACAUGCUAACGUUAGACUAUAAUGAAUGUUAUAAAAAAAGUGUAAACGAUGCCCCCAUAGCAGAUGAUAAAUUUUGUAUUAUCAAUAAAGAAGGCGCUUCAGUGUGUCGCGGUGAUAGUGGUGCAGGAUUUUUUACCGAAAACCGAAAUUUAGACAAUGAAAUUAUAUACAGACUAUUGGGUGUAAUAAGUAAUACGCCGACCACUAGGAAUGAUUGUACACUUGUUGAUGAUGAUGCUUAUGUUGCAAUUACAAACAUUCACUAUAUGACUUCGGAAUUUAAGAAAAAAUUAUUUGAUGCUAUAAACGAAGAUCGACCAUUAUUUUAAGUAUUAGUGAAGAAUUUUGUUUAUAAGUGUAAAUUUUAAUUAGAUUGUGCAAUAAAGAUAAUUUUAACAUUUUUUUCUAUAUUUAUU